GAGCUACGGUGUUUGCGAAGUUAGACGCUAACUACGGCUAUUGGCAAGUCGCAUUAGAUGACGAAAGCCAGUUGCUAACAACGUUUAACACGGAAUUUGGUCGAUAUUGCUAUAGGCGAAUGUCUUUUGGAAUUAAGUCCGCCCAGGAAGUGUUUCAGAAGCGUAUGAGCCAAUUAUUCGGUGAUUUUGAAGGUGUAGAGACCGAGGUUGACGAUAUCUUAGUUUGGGGUACCACAACCGAAGAACAUGAUCAGCGUCUGAAAAAUUCGCUACAGCGGUGUGAAGAAAUCAACCUUACCCUAAACCAGAGCAAAUGCGAAUUUGGUACAACUGAAGUCGUGUACAUUGGCCAUAAACUAACCGCACAAGGGGUUAAACCAGACGAGUCGAAAGUUGAUGCCAUCAACAAAAUGCCUUCACCUACUUGCAAGAAAGACGCAGAGAGACUAUUGGGAAUGGUCAACUGCGAAAUUUAUCCCCAACAUGUCUACUAUCACCGACCCGAUUAG